AUGGCGGCCAACAGCACGGCCAAGGCCAAGGUGCGGCCCAGGCGGCUGCACGCCAAAACCUGCGUCAAGAAGGCAAAGGCCAAGGCAAAGGCCAUGCCACGGCAACGUCGGUACGUGCCCAAGCCUGCGCCUGCUGCCAAUCUGACACCGCAAGCCGUGAUGCUGCCGCAGCUGGCACCUUGCGAUGUCCUGCUGGAGUACAAGCAGUUCCAUGUGAAGAAUGCGGAGUUGGAGGUACUGCUGCCGCGAAAUCUGCGGCCCUGCCCUUUGAAGUUGGGCACUCACAAGAUGGAGCUCCCGCUGGGCGCGGCCUCGGCUGCGGCCAAGGUGGAUGGUGGAAUGCUGGCAGCGCUGAACGCAGGCUGCUGCGUCUCUCAUGCGGCCUGGGCCCCCAACGACCCAGUGCUGGCCCUCGGGGUCCUCAGCCGCACGCACCCGUCCUUGGCGGCGGAGGGGCCCGUUCCAGGCACCGCUUCCCUGCAGCUCUGGCGCGUGGACUUCUCCCAGAAGGAGGCCGCGCAUUUGAGGAUGGGCAUUGUGCACGAAGGUGCUGGUGCAAGAAGCUUGCAGUGGCUGCCCUCCAAAAACACCAAGGAGAGGCUUGGCUUGCUCCUGGCGAUGCUGAGCAAUGGGGACCUCCGUAUCUACAGCUUGCCCUUGGCGGCCUUUCAGCCACGUGCCCUCAGCCGCGUGCAGCUCUUUGCUCGCUUCGUGCCUGCCUGGGUGGCCCAAAAGGCCCCGCAGGGAGCGCAGCCGGCGGCCAUCUGGCAGCAGCGGCACCUGCAGUGCGCGGCGGCGCGGGCAAGCUCGAAGGACCCCAAAGGCUGCGUGCUGGCCGCGGGCACCGAGAGGUGCGUGGUGCUGUUGUGGCGCAUGGCUCCCAAAGGUCAGAUCCAGACAUCGCCCUCGGAGGUGCUGAGGCCUUGCCUACAGGAGAUGGACAUGGUCACCUGCCUUGCCUUCUGCCCGGGGCCAGGUGAGAUCCUCGCCGCCGGACUCUCCAGCGGUUACGUGAUCCUUUGGGACUUGAACGUGCCAGCAGCGCCCUUGCGCUGUUUCAUCCCUGGCUCUCGGGGCCCCAUGCUGAACCUGACGUGGGCGGAUACCAUGACGCUGCUGAUCCCGCCGGAGGCCUAUUUGUUGGAUCUCCGGGACGCGCGCAUGGCCCAGUUCCGGUGCGACAGGACGAAGGGUCUGCACAGGUGUCUGGAUGUUGGCAUCCACUCUGAGGGCUUCGUGAGCGUGUGGAACGAUGGCGUCGUGAACCUCAAGCCCCAGCCCUUCUUCGCUCGGACCCGGGCUGGCAGGGCAGCCGACUCGAACGUGCAGUCGUGGAUUGUGGGCGGCGUGGAUGUGAAUGAUGCCCCCUUCCCCGAUGCCGUCCCACUCUCUGUGAAAGAGGAGGGUGAGCGACAGGAAUACCUGGCUCGCGUGUAUACGCAGUACCAGCACAACAUCGUGUCCCACUUCCGCGUUUGGGAGAAGCAUGCGCGCUGCUUCCUGGAAAUCGGGCCAAGUCGGAAGCGCGAGGGGACUGGCAUGCCGCUCACCUGCGCGCUCUGGUGGCUCAUUCCGGCUCCGGUGGCGGCAACUGCCUGGCAACUGGCAGCAUCGCCGGCGUGGUGUGCCUGGCCUCGGGCUAAAAAGGUGAUCGCCGAGAGCGCGGGAUUGAGGGCCAUGCAGAGGGAAGGCUUUUUCCUGUGCCAGGAGCCACCUUUGAAGCUCCGCGCCGGCGAGGCGACCGGGGGCUCGCGAGACGGGGACGGGGCAGUUAGCGUCCAAGUGGUUUGCAAGGCGCAGAACGAGGAGGGCUACCAGCGCCGGGGGGACAAAGAGCGGGAGCGGGUCGCCGAGUCCAUGCGGGAGCAGGUGGACUUAUCCCAUAGAAUCAACCAUGUUCUGCUGCUUAUGAAGUACUAUUCCUCCAGCGAGAACGUGCAGGAUUGUGAGGUGGCCGACUUCAAGCGAUGGCCCACUACCAAGAAGGAGGCUGGGGGCGAAAUUCCCGCCAUGGCCAGAAGGCUGUUGUCCAGGGUGCUCGCGCCGAGCGGCCAGGACGUGCAGAGGCUCUUCAGCCGCUUGAACAUUGCCCAGCAGGUGAAUCUGUUGGGCUUGCUGGGUACCGCCAUCGGCGAUGCCGUGGGCCUUCCCUUUGAGCUGUAUAUGCACGCAAAGAACCGAAGGCAGUAUGACGACAAGCAGAACAAUGGCGAUCCGUCUGAGAGCUUCUGGCGAGAUGUGCUCCCCUUCUUGACCCAGCGAUUGGCACGCGCAGAAGGAACGCCCUUUGGCCGCAGCUUCUCGGAUGACACAGUGUGCACAGAUCUGAAGAUGCAGGCGCUAGCCCGAGCCACCAGCAGCAAGGGCAAAGUGGAAGAGGAGCCGCUGUUCCAGGCGAUGCUUCAGGAAUACCUCGCCUGGGCGAACAAUGCCGGAGGCCACCUCUUCCAGGGCUUCGGCGGCUUUACGAAAGAUCUGCUAAAGCCUUCCCGGGGCAAUCGCUUGGGCCAGCUGACGGCCCUGUGGAUUCCGGACUCUGGCUACCACCCGACUGAAGAGUACAUUAACUUUGCCCAGGAGCACUUCAGCGGGAGAUACCCUGGUGGCAAGCCCUCCUGGGGGAAUGGCGCCGUCAUGAGCAUGACGCCACAGGUGCUAUGCGAGCUGGCUGGCGGAGGAGCUGCGGCCCGCGUGCUCUCGGCAUCCCACCAGGAGGAAUCUGCCAUCCUUGCAGCGGAUCUUUUGAGUGACGUCCUCCGCGGCAUCCACAGCGUGAAGAUCAAGAGCUCCAAGGACUUGGCCGCUGCAGUGGUGAAGCCUCUGAAGCAGCUCGAGCUUCGUACGGAGGAGCCGGGUGAACUUGACUCCUUUGGGUCUCUGACGGGGGCGCUGAAGCGCUCGUGCUUCUACGGCGUUUCAUUUGUGCAGGUGGGCUGA